CGUUGAACCACUGCCAGUGACACCCCGACCGCCCGACCUCCCGCCCACACGCCCACUUACUGCGCUGCACCACUCGCCCUCGCCCUCGCACUGGCUCUGGCACCGGCAAUGCAGGCCAACUCCAAAGCUGCAUGCAUGCAACUACUGCUCACCGCCUCUUCUCACCACUCUGGUGACCUCCCUCUGAGGCCCGCCUCGAGCGGUCACUCUCUGUACCUCUUGACCUGGAGUCCUGACUCUCUUGCAUCCUUCCUUCGACCAGUUCUCUCCUCCUUCUCGAACCAGGCCAGCAACGACAAACGACAACCUCCCUCGAGGCGCCUGGCUGCCCACUCCGACGAACUCCCACGAGGCUGACAAGUCUUACUUAUCAGCCAUGGCAGGCACUGUGGGCUUCACGAGUGAGGAUCUUACCUAUGAUUUCGAUGCAAGAAGUGCUUCGUACUUCCGAAAUCAUGGCUGGGAAUUGCAUAUGGACCACGUCAAUGCUUCGCGACCGGACUCGAGGGGGAACAUGUCACCCAUCCAGACCAGUCACCAUGGAUUGCGCCAAACGACCAUGGCUGAGCACCCGAUGAUGGACUCUUGGAGGUUUCAGCAUCAGCAACAAGCUCACCAACACCAGCACAACACCGUGGACUUUUCCGCGCAGCCGACGGCCUUCGAUAUGCAUUUCGAAAACCAAUUCCACGGCCUUCCGAUCCAUCCUUCGCACUUGGCCAUGUUGCCUGUCACGCAACCUCACCUCGCAACGAGUCUGCCCCUCGAACCGUCAUAUCUUCCCCUCGAGUCUGGCAUCGAUGGCAUGCCGAGGAACUGGGCGGACUUCCAGACCGAGUUGGUCAACUACACAACCACUGAUAUCGGACUGGCUAUGUCUCCAUACCAGCAACUGACCAGCUCCCCGACUGGAUCUCAUCUUGAAGUUUUGUCACAACCCAGUUCAUGUGAUGAGCACGGAUGGACCUUGGUGGAGCCUCGCUCCUCUUUGGAGUCCUACGAGGGGCAUUUCUUUGUGGAUCCAACGCAGACCGUGCACAACAGAACGCUGUCUGAAUCGUCAUAUUCGGAUUUGGAACCCCAAAGCAAUGGCGCCUUCACCUCGAAUCUUGACAUGUGCUCAUCCCAAGCUGUGUACUCGCCGACAACCCUGUCAGACAGUGAUUACGAAUAUCCCCAACACACUCACCGUCUUUCGAUAGACCAAGGGUCUGGCGCCGGCGCGAGUAUUGACCCUACAGCCUUGGUUCGCCCAGUUACCAUCCCCGCCGCCCGCUCUUCUGCACCUAGCGCUCGGUCACCCAGCUCUCAAGGCUCUGCUAAUUCGCCGGGUCGAAAGGGUUCGAGGAAAAGCCCGAUCGCGGCGAGGUCAACCGAUAAAGUCGUCAAGAAAUCGACGCAGACUGGCAAGGCGGAGGGUGAAAAACGUGUCGGUCGGAGGAAGGGGCCUCUGCGGCCUGAACAGCGUAAACAGGCGAGCGAGAUCCGAAAGUUGAGGGCGUGCCUGCGAUGCAAAUUCUUGAAGAAGACGUGUGACAAAGGAGAGCCCUGCGCCGGUUGUCAACCAUCACAUGCACGCCUAUGGCAAGUCCCCUGUACUCGCAUUGACAUCAAGGAGAUUGGAUACUUCUUGAAGGACUGGAAAUUCGACUAUGAACGGCACAUCUCCCUGGGGUUCUCGGUGGGCAAUAUCAAAGGGUUUUCUGACACGGAGAAGACCCUGUUCAUCACACAUGGUUAUGGCCAUAUGUUACCGGUAACCGCCCGGGAGGUCUACGUCAGGGAUGAUUCGUGUUUGACGAUGGACUGGAUUGAGGCGCACCAGAUUUCACCGGAAGGUUACGAGGUGUCUACAGCGAAGUUGUCUGCCGGAAUGGAAGGCAUCUCCACGACCAUGCUGAGCGACUACCUUGACCGACAUAUUGAUGGGACCGGUACCUUUGAGAAAUUCGUGGACGACUAUUUUGAAGGAACGCCGUUUCUGUCGCAAAUGCUCAAGACAGCGUACCGCUUCUACUUCAAGACAGGAUCCAAGAUUAUCAAGAAGGCCUUGAAGCUCAUGCUCGCUUAUAGCCUGACGUUGCACAUUACCAUGGUUGAGGGAAUACCACCGGAAGAGUCCUUUGUGGGAAAGAUUGAAGAGCAGACCUCCAAGUUCUUCGGCAAAACCAUGGCACCGGUUAUGAUCAACUUCCAGAUCAAAUGUGCCAUGGCCGACAUGUGGCGCGAGCUGCACAAGGACGUGCUCGAAGAGCUGUCCAGCCUGUACUCGAGUGUUUACAGUGGUGACAAACUCAAGAACUGGCCGACCAUCUUCAUCCUCGCGUCUGUACUCCUGGCUGUCUGGGAAUGCAUGCAAUUCGACUGCCAUUAUCGCGUUCCCGAUAAUACUGCUGUGGACAAGUUCUGCAAUGACAUGGAGACGACGCCUGUCGGCGUUGUCGUUGGCUUGUUCCAGGCUAUUUCUCAGAAGUUGCCCUCAUUCCUCGAGUGGGACACCACCAAACACCAUGCGUUGUUGGCUUCCGACCCAGACGUAUGCAGCACCAUGACUGAAGUUCGAGAGCAUGUUACGAGAUAUGAAAAUUACCUGCGUGGUCGACCUAAUGCGCGGUUUGACCGGAAGGAUUUUGAUUCCUUGUCGAACAAAUUUUUGGCGAAGUUGGUUAUCCGAGCGAACUAGAAUUUACGCUUACGCAUUAUGCUGUGACGAACAUCCAAACCCGGCAUACUUAUGAGCCAUGGACAUGUCUUACGAUGUCCGACAAGGUUUCUGCAUUUAACGACUAUACAUCAUCUGGAUGGAUGAAUGACGACUCAUGUACGGUGUCAUGCCGAGAGCAACUCUCAUUGACUGCAAUUUUCCGUUUGUCUAUUGGCGAAGUGCUUCUUGUUUUUUGGAUCGAGCGAGCGAGCGAGAGUAGGUGAGGACUGGUGGAUACAUGGACAUGAACAAGGCAUUGAUGUGGGCAUUGCGCAGGAAUGGAGAAUGUGUUAUGGAGGCAAUGCAAUGAGCGAGCGUGUUGAUUGUACGUGUGAUCGGGGUGGUCAUGAUCUACGCAGACCAUCUGGCAGGAUAGGCGGACUAUGCUUCAGAGUCAUACCCAUUGAUACCUGUAUCUAGGACUGCCUUGUGUGAAGCUGCGAAGAAUUGCUGCGUACUAUCCCUUGGGCAGUUUUUAGACAGGUGCCAGCAUUUGCACCCUGUAUUGUUCUCCUGCCAGUGCAGUCUGUCGCGUCGACUGUCAUCCGGCAACGACCGGAGAAAUGACGUUAAAAUCGUAGCAUGUGUUUGUCCCCUGCCACUGCCACAUCGACAGCGAGCAUGACAUUAUUUGACAACUGGACAUCUACCGCUAAUGGUAAUAUUGAAAAGUGGUGUCAGAGAGACUGGAUGACUGAUCUUGAUUUGCCCCCUUGGCUAUUCUUAGCCUGAAUUCGCCCAACGUGCAAACUGAUUUUGGUCAGAUCACCAAAUUGGAGCUUUCAUCUACAACAAUGAACAGCAGCAGGCAUUAUAUCACGUAGACCAUCC